CUUAUAAAAAGAAGCCAAUUUGCAGUAAAGUUUGAGACGCAAAACUUAGCGGACUACCUUAUUCUAGUUUUUCAUGUAAACAGACUGAAAUUCUGCCCUUUUGCCGUUUUUCAACAUCUGUGAUUGACUAGGAUAAUUGUCUAUGAUGGGAGAACCGAGCUUUCCAUGGUCCGUUCACCGAAGCGGUGGCUUUGGCGGUAAUCUCACAGUCGUAGACAAGGUCCUUCCUGACAUGCUCCACAUGGUACACCCUCACUGGUAUCAAUUUCCACCCAUGAACCCCCUUUGGCACGGACUCCUUGGGUUCGUCAUAGGAGUACUUGGGUUCGUAUCGGUCAUGGGCAACGGCAUGGUCAUAAACAUCUUUUGCGGCGCUAAAUCUUUGCGGACUCCUUCCAACUUACUGGUAGUGAACUUGGCUUUUUCUGACUUUCUGAUGAUGUUUACAAUGUCAGCUCCUAUGGUGAUCAACUGCUACUAUGAGACAUGGGUAUUAGGUCCACUCUUCUGCGAACUAUAUGGUAUGUUUGGCUCGUUAUUUGGCUGUGCAUCCAUCUGGACCAUGACCUUCAUCGCUCUCGAUCGAUAUAAUGUUAUUGUUAAGGGAUUGAGUGCUAAACCACUGACAAAGAAAACGGCCAUGCUCAGGAUUUUGCUGAUUUGGGCUAUGGCUGGUGUUUGGACAGCGGCACCUAUGUUUGGAUGGAACAGGUACGUACCUGAGGGCAAUAUGACCGCUUGCGGAACUGAUUACCUCACACAAUCGUGGCUGAGUAAGAGCUACAUUUUGGUCUAUUCAUUCUUCGUAUACUUCCUUCCCCUCUUCACCAUCAUCUAUUCAUAUUGGUUUAUCGUGCAGGCUGUGGCCGCUCACGAAAAAUCCAUGAGAGAACAAGCCAAAAAGAUGAAUGUGGCGUCACUGAGGUCAUCUGAAGCUUCUCAGACGAGUGCGGAGUGUAAAUUGGCCAAAAUAGCCCUGAUGACUAUAACCUUAUGGUUUUUCGCAUGGACUCCAUACCUAGUCACGAACUACACUGGCAUUUUCGAAGGUGCCAAAAUAAGUCCAUUAGCUACCAUCUGGUGUUCGCUCUUCGCGAAAGCUAAUGCAGUUUACAACCCCAUCGUAUACGGUAUCAGCCAUCCUAAAUACAGACAAGAGCUCCAAAGGAGAUAUCCAUCUUUGGUUUGUGCCCCAGAACCAGAUGACACUACGUCUGCUGCAUCCGGUGCUACGAGUGUUGGUGAAGAAAAACAAAUACCCGCAUAAGCAACAUGAAAAGACAUAAUGAGAUGUAAAUAUGACUUUCGACGAAAAAAUGUAACGAAAGCGAUGUAUUUUUUAAAAGUAAUAUAGUGGAUUGAUCACGA